UAAUGAGUAAUGCAUUUAAGUCUGCUGCAGGAAAUACAUUAUCUAAGAAUGACUUAGGCUAAACUGGAUAGAGUUUUGGAGGAUCUCAAAAUCCAGCAUCUUUGAAGGGCAAACUUAUGAGUUUAGAGGUAGACUGAUUUAUUCAAUUAAAGGAAACAAUCAAAGGAAUUUAAGAUGAAAUGAAUUUUCAUAAGAAAGAAGUUCAAAUACUCAAAUCAGAAAAGGACACUUUAGAAUCUGUUUUGAGUAUGAAAACCUAAGAUGUUAAAAAAACACUUACAAAUGAACUAAUGAGAAUAGAAGAGGAAAUGAAAAGGUAUUCUGUCUCAUUUUCAUAUAUUAGACAUUUUGCUCAUUAAAAGGCUGAAAAUUCAAGAUUAUAAUAAUAAAUAACUGCUUUGAAAGGUGAAAAGACUGCACUUUAAUAAUAAUUACUUGGUCUCUAAAGAAGAAUAGCUGAAUUAGAAUUAUAAGUAGGUUAAGAGCAAGGUUGAA